AUUUUAUCCAAGCUUUUUCAAUAAACUGUGCGUUUGUUUCGACCAAUGCUCCAACAUGCAUUCUGAAGGCUCUGAUAAUGCGUGGCUGGACUAUCUAGUAUCUGAACAUAUUAUCGAUGGGCCUAUGGAAUCUCGAAGGAGGGCCGCGGUUCUCAAUUUGCUACGCUCACUUAUCGCGCCACUCAUGCGAUGGGUGGCCAAGGAUCGUGACCUAAAACACGAAUUCCAGUGUCAGCUCAUGCCAUUCGGUUCGGUGGGGUUGGGCGCUCAUCUUGCCAAUGCCGAUAUGGAUCUCGUAUUCCUCGCUCCAUCGCCGGUUCGACGCCGUGACUUCUUCAACAUCUUCCCUACCCUCUUACGCAAACAACCAACAAUACAUGAUAUCGAUGUUAUCCAACGAACUACUGUGCCCAUUAUCAAAUGCACCGUGGAUUCCAUCGAUAUUGACAUUUCCUUUGUGCGACUGAAACUCAACACCGUACCGCCUUCUAUUGAUCUAUUGGAUGAUAACUUGAUGAGGGACCUGGAUGAGAUCUGCCUGGCCAGUAUGGAUGGACCUCGCUGCCACCGUUUCAUUCAGCAGCGCAUUGAUCUGCGGCAUUCGGCUGUCUUUCGCCAUGCUCUUCAAUGCAUCAAGUUUUGGGCGCAGAAUCGAUUGAUUUACGGAAAACCUAUGGGAUACUUGAACGGCAGUUCAUGGACAAUCCUGCUCCUGAAAACAUACCUGGUGAGCUCGACUAAUUCAGAAGACCUGACUAUUUAUGGAUUGCUACGUUCGUUCUUCGGCAUGUGGGCCACUUGGCCUUGGCCUACACCGGUGGUAGUAACCGAUUCGAUACCCCGAUUAUAUGGAGGAAGUCUCAUAUACAAUAUCCUGCCUGAAUUUGAGGAAGCAGUCAUGCCUAUCGUGACGCCUUGUGCACCUGUUAGCAGUGCUGCUCCAAAGGUGACCAAGUCCACCCUGAGAGUGUUAACCAAUGAAUUCGAAAGAGCGGAAUCAAUUCUGAAAGCGCGAUUCGAGAAACCAAGUUUGAUGAUGAAAAAGCUUUUCAAGCCUCUUUAUUACGUGAGACGAUAUAAGCAUUUUAUUGUGAUCAUCACUUGUUGCGAUACAAUCAAAAGCCAUGAAACUUGGAUUCGAAAAAUGGCAGCGAAUAUCCCAAAAUUGGUAUCCCAUUUGGAAACCGUUCCGUGCCUGCAACAGGUCCACCCAAUAACCGACAAUUACAGCGGCGUGCGUUAUUAUCAUACAAGACAGGAAAAAAUCAAUUUCCAAAAAGGCUUCGCUUUCACCAGUCAAAAUUCCACUGAUUUCAGUAUCCCGCUGGAACCGGGGAGCAUGCAUAUAACUUACUAUUUGAUUGGCUUGGACGUCACAGCUUCAAGUGACGGUGAUUCUGUCAUCGAUGUGAGCAAAGAGACAAAGGCGUUCUUGGACGAACUGGGUGCCAAGAGAAAUCAAAAAGAUGUAGAUGUUCAUAUCGAAUUGACGGCACUGAAGAGAAAACAAGUCGCUGACAUGAUAAAAGGUCUCAAAUAAGCAAUGCAAUUUCAAUUAAAAACAAUGUUGUAUGAAAUCCCAAUAUAAACCUGCUAGACAUAGCAUUCAAUAUGUAUCAUUUUUUAGUUAUCAUGACAAUUCCUGUAAUUGCCGUUUUUUCCCCACUUGCAUAUUAAGAAAUUCUUUUUA